AUGGAGGUUCUCCCAGCUGCCACACCGUCGCCCGGACCACCGUCUGAAAUCCGCACACCUCCAGCCCCUCGGCACGGCUACUCUGACCACUACAACCCCUACACCCCGCGAAAGUCUGAGCGAAAGUCGCUCCGGAUUGAGCAACGCAUCGCAAAUCGCACUCCCUCUCCAAAUUUUUCAUCCAGGCAUCAUUCCGAUCAUCGUUUUUCGUUAGGGUCCCCAAAGUCACACAAGCAAAACCCCGCCACAAUGGCGUCGCCCGCAACCUCCCCACGAAAGCGCCGCGUGCCUGCUUUGGAUUCGUCGCGCCGUGCUUCUGGAACCCUGGCACCCGACGGAAGUGCUCAUGCCGCGACUGCUCUCGGGCUUGAGGUCCAUAACAAGUCAAUCCAACGCGGUCGCGCUGGUGCCUCUACCUCGCACGACAUGCUCAUCACUCCGGCCAAGACGCCUCAACCGCCGCCUACGGAGAAGAGCAAGGCCAAAAUCAAGGCUGUCGCACGCAAUUUGUUUUCGGACAGCGAAGUCAUGCCCACCUCCAAAAAGACUCGUACCAGCAAGUACGUGCUCGAUAGCUUCUCGGUUGCAGAUGACGUAGAUGAGCCUGUCCAGAUUUACACGGACUCUCACGAGCGUAUUCCCGAGGUCGAUCGCAGUGCCGAGAACCCUUUCUUUGGCGAUCACGUCCCUGCUGCGCCUGAGCCAGCCCGGCGCCGAAGCAAGCGCCAGACCGUGGCCAUUCCUGGCGAGGGAAGUGUGACAGUCGAUGAGGCCGUCGGCCGCAAUGACGGCAUUUUGGUCUCAUUCCGAGGAAAGAAGCAAUUCCGCAAGUUUGCCCGGGGUGACGAGUCUGACCAGGCUGAAGGCGGUCUGGAGAGCGUCGUCGAGCGAAGCAAGCCUCUUUCCGCAAAUUCCGUCACGCCCCGCCUGUUGUUCCCUACUAGCAAGGCCGACAAGCAUUCCGAGAUGAAUCUAGAGGACGAGGAGGCCGACACGGACAUUGAAGACCAUGUUUUGGCGGGCACGGAGAACGACCCAGCCACUCCCAUGGAGCUAGUUAACGAGGCUCCUGGUACGCCCAAAGCACCCCGUUUUGCACCAGCUUCUCCGCCGACGACAGCGCGCACGACGCGAUUUGGAGCCAAAAAAUCUGCUGAGACGACACCCAUGAAGCCCAAAUCUAGUGCUCACGGGAAGCGAGGCGCUUUUGACAGCUGGCGCCGAGUUAAGGGCGGCUCUGACGGUCAGAGCAGUAAGCGAGCCGGCGACGCACUCCCUGGCGCUGCCACGAAGCGGACCCGAGCCUAA